AUGUCAUCUCUUGCAAGUUUGAUUAACAGUGUCAAGGCAAACACAGCAAGCAAUCCUCACAUCACCAAAAGUUUGAAGAGAACGGCAACCACAUCCAAGGAAGAGUUGAAGCAACAACGAAAGAAGCAGAUUGUUGAAAAGAAACAAGGCAGUGCAACCAAAACCAGCGGCCCUAGCGUGGUCGUGUUCGAUGGAUCUGUAUUGCAAAAGAAGCCAACAUUAGAGGACAAAGCUUCGAAAAAGAGAUUUUUGGAUUCUCGCAUUUCAACUGUAGAUCCAACCGAUGUUGUGGAGCAAAAAAACAAGCCAACGGCCAAGGACGUUGAGGAGGAAGCUGAAAACCAAAAGCACGAUAUGGAAUUGAAACAAUUAUUAGCGACAUCCAAUUUAUUAGAGGAACUUGAAAGAGAGGAAAUGACAUCCAAGGAGAGACGAAAGAAUACCAUGAAGAAAUUAGAAGGAUUGGGUGUCAAGAGUUCGCCUGGAGAGAAAAUGCCAUUAUCAGUGAAAUUGAGCCUAGAUGAAUCUAGAAAGCAAAAGGGCAUCAAAAAGUUGCAGGAAGCUAAGGAUAUGGGUAUCUAUGAUAAGUCACUGAAGCAUUUGUAUGUGAAAACCAAAGAAAAGAAGCGAGACCGUGAUCCUGGUAUUACAAAUGGUAUCGGUCGCAUGAAGGGCGCUACCCUGACCAUCAAUAAAUCUGAUAUUGAGAGAAUCAAGCGUCAAGGCGCCAAAAAGAAGUCUACUGGUGGCAAAAAGAGUGGAGGUGGAAAGCGUAAAUAA